CAGCUUUUUACACUUUUACUUUGACGAUGACGGAUCUUGUUUGUAGUGGUUCGUCCUGACAGCCUCGUCCCAAGGAGACGGAUCGCCUGUUGCCCAGCACUACUGCUAGUAGUAAUAGCAGCAGCAACAGCAAUGCGAGUGUGUGGGUCUCCUUGUUGACACUACUGUUGAGUCUUCCCGCGUUGAUUGGCAUGUGAUGUUGGCCGGCCCUCGUCAUUCCUCUCUUGGGAGGAACCGUGACGACGGCCUCGCGUCAUGCCAGUCAUGUCGUUGAAUUCUGUACCAAAUUUAUUAUGUUGGUGGCGGUGGUGCUCUUUGUCGCUUACGAAUCCAGCAAACGCGCUUCUUGUAAGUAUGGUCCCACGAUUCUGAUCAGUGUGGCAUCGCUCCUAAUUCUCGUGGAUCCCACUCGGCACGUGUUGUUGGAUCAGACGCACUGGCAGUACGUCCAUCAAUACGGAGGCAUGUACCGGCAUAACUGUCCCGUACGAGCGCUCAUGUUGCCACCCCGCGAGUGUAAUGUCGCGGCGGACUGUGGACCAUAUCAUUGUGGAGGAGACUUUUAUGCCAUGGCGCCCCAUCAAGAUUGUUUUACGUGUUAUGAUAAUGAUGAAGACACAACUAGUAGUACUACCACCACGACUACCGGUAGCAUGUGCAGUGAAGGCAUGGAAACCUUUGCCUGUCUUUCCGUCACCGGAUGGAUUGUCACCAUUGGAAUGACCUACCUGGGAUUUGCACUCUUUAUCAUUGGCACGCUGUGGAAUGCCAAUAUUCUACACAAAAUAAGUGACAUUCGGCACGAAUGGAACCGGUUGCGAGGGACACAAAAUAAUAUCCCAAACAAACAAGAACAAGAAGAAACACAAGUUUAGCUUGUAGGUUGGAGGGUAUGCAUGUGUUUGGAGGCAAGAUGGAUCGAUCAAUCAAUCGACACGUGCGGCAUGGGAACGAAUGACGUUGUCCAAUGGAAGGAAAAAAGAGACAAAACUGCAAUGUGGCAGAACCAACUCUAGCUUUCUCUAUGGAUGACUGACUGACUGGUAGCUACAGUACCGACCAUAACACCUUGGAUGCUCAAUGAUUGAUUGACUGAUUGAUUGAACAAAUGAAUGAAUGAAUGAAUUGUGGAUGAUCAGCCCAAGAGUGGAAUUCUCUCCUGGAUGGCUGAUACAGUCAGUGCUGCGCCUUCACAAUCAUCACAGGCUUGAUAUGCUAGUAGUGUCUGCAUGGCUUGUACAUACAUACCGUACCGAAUGUCAUACUGUAGUAGUAGCCAUAGUUCGACUGGCUGAGGCUGCCUCGAUCCUCAUUGUGUUGGUUGCUGCAUGCUUACAAGUCUGAAUUUCUUCGUGUGUCCUCUCC